GCAAAAGGGGAUCGACUACCCGUCUACAGUAUGGUCUGUAUACUAGUAGGGAAUGGUAUUACGAUCAUGCAAGUCUUCUCCCUUUACUGCAAUGGCCAUCUAACUACCUCGCCUGCGCCAUGUUAAAAAUUAGAUGACGCGAAGUCAUAAUAGUGGGCUCUAGUCACUCGUUGGCGGCCGCGACCAACUCGGAUGUGCACCGGUGAAGCUCGACCGGUAAGUAUGUGCUGCGCGCGUGCCGGAUUCGUGUCGAAUCGUGCGCGUGAUGUAUCGCUCAUCAGUUACCGCAGCGUCACCCCAGCUACACGCAGAAUGCCGCAACUGGUAGCCCAUCAACUCAUUGCAGGGGCGUUCAUAUACUCAUGUUUGCCUUUAGUAGCCUCAAGCUUCCGACACGGAGCGCUGGCAGGUUUUCAAGGCUUCGUCAUAUAUUGUUGGCUGCCCGCAGCUGAAUACAUGCUAUCACUCAUGUCCGGCAGGCGCCUAGCUGCGCAAUUAAUAUGGUUUGUCACAGUCCUAGCCCUAUGCCGUGAAAAGAACUGUGUCUUUAAGAACAUGAUAGAGAAAGACCAAUGAGGCAGCAUCCAUAUUUCUUACAGCAUGACGAGUCGGACAUCCUUGCCACCGAGCGCCCGUAGAACCCAUCGUACUUCACUAAAAUUGGACGUUUAACGGUAACCUCACAAUCGAACUGUGAUAGAGUGUAUACAUUGAAUCAAGUUGGAAA